AUGAGUAACACAACAAUGGGUGACGUUGAAUCUACAGCUUCUUCAGUGGUGUUUAGCUCGACGAUUGGGACUAUCAGAGAAACCAGCACGAUUAUCAAUGACAUUGAGCCGACUCCAAUAUUUCUCCAAACAAGAGCCGCUCAGGGAAUUUCUGGAGCCUUUGUAUGGCUUGCGCUAUUCCUUACUUGCCAACAGAUUUAUCAGCACCUGAGGUGGUACACAAACCCAACGGAGCAGCGAUGGAUCGUCCGUAUUCUGUUCAUCGUCCCGAUUUACGCGACUCACUCUUGGAUCUCUCUGUUGUUCUUCAACAACGAGAGCUACUACGUGUACUUUUUUACAGUCCGUGACUGCUACGAGGCGUUUGUAAUUUACAAUUUUUUGUCACUGUGCUACGAGUACCUGGGAGGCGAGGGGAACAUCAUGUCGGAGAUCCGGGGCAAGCCGAUACGCUCGAACUGCCUCUACGGCACCUGGUGUCUGGUCGAAAAAACCUACACCAUCGGAUUCCUCCGGUUUUGCAAGCAAGCAACCCUGCAGUUCUGCCUGGUCAAGCCCGUCAUGGCGUUUGUUAUUAUCAUCCUGCAGUCGCUGGGCCACUACAGAGACGGAGACUGGUCUCCGGACGGCGGAUAUAUCUACAUAACUGUUAUCUAUAAUAUCAGCGUCUCACUAGCCCUCUACGGACUCUUUUUGUUUUACUUUGCCACUCGGGACUUGCUUACGCCUUUUGAGCCAGUUCUUAAAUUCUGCACUAUCAAGAAAAUGCUUUUCGCGGCAAUAGCUCUUCGUUAUGCUUUUCCGUACCAAGUUUAUGCGGCCGGUUGUGUCACCGAUUCCCGAGGCCGAAGUGUCACUAUGCAAAGCAUCAGCAGCAGCUUAAAGGAAACAAUGAACCCCAAGGACAUUAUGACUGACGCCAUCCACAAUUUCCAUCCUCAAUACCAGCAGUAUACACAAUACAGUUCUGGUGGUACUAAGAACCAGAGGGGUAUGAGAGUCUCAAGCUUUGACCCAGAUGAUCCCCAGAAUAUGCCAGUUCCACCACCGCAGAGACGCAACACUUCUCAUCAGCGUGUUGCUACUAUUUCCCAAAAUUAUAAUGAAAAAACUAUGCUGCUAAGUAGUGACGAUGAAUUCCAGUAG